UCAUCCCGGGCUGAGGCCCCUAGGGACGCUGGGCCCUGGCUCUGCCUCUCUCAUGCUCCUUCUCUGACUUUCUUUCAGGGUCUCCUUGUUUUCAGAAGCCCCUCGAGUUGCCCUCCCCUCACCAUGCUGCGCCUGCUGCCAUGGCUCCGCGCCCUGAGCCAGGAGAGUGCACGGCCCUGCGUCCUGCAGGGGCUGGCUGCUAGUGACACGAGGGGGGCCAGGAUGUACCCGAGCUGCUACUGUGCGGGGAAGGCCAAGCAGCGGGCUGUGCUGCUCCCCCUGGAUCCCUACAGCUACGGGCUGUUCCACAGCCUGCCCCCUGAGGCUGGCAGGACUCGAGGACAUGGCAAGAGGAAAAGCUGGAGCUUCAUCCACGAGAAGAUGAGCUACGACACUUUCUUCACCAUGAAGCGGCUGAUAGAGCGGUCGCGGAGUGUGGGGGAAGUGCUGCGUUGGGUCACCCAGAACCCCAGCAAGGUGUCUGCCAGCCACUACCCCAUUGCCCUGCACAAGCUGGGCCAGCUGCUGCAGCAGCCGCAGAACCAGGCCGUGGUAAACGGAGAGCACCGCGGACCCAACCAGGUGCUGGAGCAGCCAGAGUUCCAAGCACUCUGCCAGGCCAUCAUCAGUGGGUGCUCCAAGUUUGAUAACUUCAGCAUCGUCAAUUGUCUGUACGCUGCCGCGGCCCUGGGCCUCCCUGGCGAGUCGGCCUUGGUGCAGGUGCUGGAGGAUGAGUCCCGGAGCCGCCUGGGGCGCUUCAACCAGAAGGACGUCUCCAUGGUGUUCAGUAGUGCAAUGCGGCUUCACCCAUCCAGCCCCCACCCCCUGGUGGAGUCCUGCCUCAGCAGCCUGGAGCGGCACCUGGAGAAGGAGCGCCACCCCCAGACCCUCUUCCUUCUCCUCUCCUACUACCGGCUCCGGGCCCAGGCGCUGCAGGGCCACCCAGCCUCUGACCAGCAGCUGCUCAACAACCGCAAGAUCCUGCGCCUGGUCAGGCACACGCUGGGGCAAGUGAGCGCCGUACGCGAGCACGAGCUGGCCCUGCUGGACGAGAUGUUGGCCCUGUGCGCUCAGGAGGCCAACAAUAAGGCCCUGGAGGCCAUCUUCAGCUCGCAGCUCUUCUAUGAGAACCGCCAGGAGCGCUUCAUCCGCAGCAUGGCAGAGUGGCUCCCAAGGAAGGCCGAGAACCUCACCCCCUACACCAUGGCGCUGAUUGCCAAGUAUGUGGCCCGGCACAGGCUGCGUGAGCUGCGCCUGCUCGACACCAUCGCCAACUUCCUGCUGAAGCGUGGGGAGCAGCUGGAGAGCAAGGUGAUCCAGAAGCUGGUGUUUCCCUUCAGCCGCAUGAAUUACCGGCCAUCUAACCACAGCGAACUCUUCCCCAAGCUGGAGGCCAUCCUGGAGCAGAAGGCAGCCAGCUCGCCCCUGGCCACUGUCAACAUCCUCAUGUCCAUGUUCCAGCUCAGGCACUUUCCCCAGGCUGUCCUGCACCAGGUUUUCUCCCCAGCCUUCAUCACCAAUGUCAUGAGCAGCCCCUACGCGCUGAUCAUGCGCCGCUACCUCUCUCUGCUGGAUGCAGCGCUGGAGCUGGAGUUCCGAGAUUACAGCGGCCCGCGCCUCGAUCCUCGCUACCGGGUCCUCAUGUUCGACCACGCCCUGACAGCUGACGAGGCCAACAGGAAAUACAGUUACAAGGGGCUGGUGGCUGAGGCCCUGAGGCAGCUGGUGGGAGAGGAGUGCUACCGGCAGGACGACGUGCUGCCCCCCGGAUACUGCGCAGAUUUCCUGCUGUGGAUUAACCGCUCGGGCACGGUCCUGCCUCUUGCCCACGUCCCUGCAGCCUACAAGGUUGCCUGCGCUCGCCCUGGGGUGCCCCCUGCUGCCAGCUGCCUGCGUUCCAGCGUCCUGGCCCUCACCGCUGACUUGCAGGACUUCGCACCAUUCGCUCCGGAGAUGCCCAGCAGCCCCGAGGGCCCCCGGGAAAGCAACCUCGCUGGGCAUUUCCUGCCCACGCUGUGCCCUGCCCCAGGGGGCCCUUGCUACCAGCCCCCAUCGGACUACUACUGCAGCCUGAGCAAAGAGCACUCGCUGGAGAGCCAGGGCAGCUCCACGCUCAGCAGCCCCUCGGAGUGCCUGGCCCCACAGCCGGCCGCCACUUCUGACUGCUCCCCCAGGGGCACCUCCACAGCUGUCCUCUUCCAGUUCCCUAUCAGCAAGAUCCUGGAGGAGGGGGAGGCAACAGCCGGCUGCCCGGGGCCCGAUCGCAGGGGCCAGAAGGCCCCGGAGGAGCUGGACGAGGGGAAGGCGGCGCCAGCCGAGGAGACCUGUGCUCUGCCCUCCCCACACCUGCCCAGCCCCAAGAGAGGGCCGAGCGACGGGCUGCAGGGAGCUGAAGAGAUUCAGAGGGUGGUUCUCUCCGUCAAUGACAAGUGGCAUUACUGCCAGAACUCGGACAUCCUGGUGGGCUCACGAGCUAUGAGGAACAGGCACUUGCAGCUGCUGGGUUACUGCCUGGUUCAGCUGCCCUACAUGGAGCUGGAGAAGGUGAGCGGCGUGGAGGAGGCCAAGCACUAUCUGCGGCAGAAGCUGCGGGAGCUCCGCUUUUGAAAGCAGCCGCUGCCCCCGGGGCGCAGUGACGGCGAGAGACCCACCUCCUCCUGCGGCAGAGCCAUGUGACGCUGGACACGGCGCGGGCCGAGGACCCUGCUUCCGGGGGCCCCCUUCCUCCCCUGGGGGCUGAGGGCAGGGCAGCCCCCGGCCCAGGGGCUGUAGGCUGGCGGUAGCGGGCGGGCGUAGCGUGGGGCUGUUAUUUAUUGGCAUUUGCUGAGGGGUCGGGGGUCGGGCUGGUGCAGCAGUGGGGGUGGGUGUCAGGUGUAAACGGCUGGGCCAGCGCCCCAAGGGGGAGCAGUGCAUGCUGGGCCUGCCCCUCCACCCACAAGGCUCCUGUCUGCCAAAGGGGGGGGGGCAUGGGGGCUGAGCACUGGCCUGUUUGUCCUCAGAGCUGGGGGGGGGGGGGUAGGGCUCCCUGAGCUGCCUUCAGCACCUGCUGCCCGCUGGGACUGCCUCUCCCCCAUGGGCUGCACAGGGCGUGGGGUGGCUGGAAGCGCAAUGGCAGGGGGGCCCUGGAGCUGUGGGGCUGUUUGCCCCCAGGCCUAGACCAAGGUGCCACUGGGGUGGUGGGGACAAAGUUUACAAUAAAAAUGGAGAAAAGGC